CUAAUCGACCUCCAAAGCCCUUUCUUUUCUAACUAUACUUAGGAUUUUGGGAUAAGGAAAGAACUGGCCCUUUGAGACCUUGAUAUUUUAAACUUUGUGAACUGAUUUAGCCCAUUCCACCUUCCUGUGAACUCCAUGUUUCCCAGUUGCCUGGACAACAUACAGCCUCCCGAAACCCAACCUCCCAGCCCUCAGUCCUGCCCUCAAGAGAAAUUUGCCACCAAGGAUUGGCUCCCAGGACCCAGGCCCCGCCUCAGGCUCCUCGCUAGUUGGGCCUUCUCUCUGCCACUCCCCACGAGUGGGUCACUCCACGGGGAGCCCCAACGCUGGCAGGAGAGGAUCCUACAGGACAGCAAGGAGAUGCCACCUAAAAACAAAGAAAAAGGGAAGAAAUCUGGGGCACAGAAGAAGAAAAAGAACUGGGGUGCAGAUGUGGAGGCCGAGUCCAGGCACAGGCUGGUGGUGCUGGAGAAGGAGCUGCUCCGAGACCAGUUGGCUCUACGGAGGGAUGAAGCCCGUCGAGCCAAGGCUUCCGAAGACCAGCUGAGGCAGAGGCUGCAAGGGGUGGAGGCUGAGCUGGAAGGGGCCCGAAGUGAAGGGAAGGCCAUAUAUGCAGAGAUGAGUCGCCAGUGCCAUGCCCUGCAGGAGGAUAUGCAAACCCGCAGCAAGCAGCUGGAGGAAGAAGUCAAAGGCCUUCGGGGGCAGCUAGAGGCAUGCCAAAGGGAGGCUGCAGCUGCCCGGGAAGAGGCUGAACGAGCUCUCGGAGAGCGGGACCAGGCCCUGGCUCAGCUUCGGGCCCACAUGGCAGACAUGGAGGCGAAGUAUGAGGAAAUCUUACACGACAGUCUGGACAGGCUCUUGGCCAAGCUGAGAGCCAUCAAGCCGCAGUGGGAUGGGGCAGCACUGAGACUUCACGCCAGGCACAAGGAGCAGCUACGCCAGUUUGGACUCACCCCCCCUGGAUCUUUGAGGCCACCAGCCCCUAGUCUCUAGUGUUCUCUGAGGCCCCAGCAAUAAAGUGUCUUGAUGUAGAACUCAAUAGAGCUGUGAGCUCCGGCCGUUUGGCAGAGAG